CGGCGCUGGCGCUGCUUUCGGGGCCAGAUUGCAAAUUGCGCUUCGUGACUCAGUGGGCUCCUCCGCGCGGCGCACGGCAGGCGGCGGCAUUCGAGGAGGCGGAAGGCGGAGCAGCGCGAGCAGGAGCCCGGCCUGGAGGAGGAAGAGGAGGAGGCGCCCUCUCGCUCUCUCUCUCUCGAGAAAGGCUCCGGGAAGCGGCCUGCGAGUGGGAGGGAGGGAGCGAGAGAGAGAGAGAGAGAGGCCGGACGGACGGAAAGCGAGGAGGUGGGCCCUCCCCGCUGAGGCCUAGCGCGGUCGCCGCUGCCGCCGCCGCCUGUUGUCUCCUCCUUGGCCUCCCAAGAUGGAGUACGAGUGGAAGCCCGACGAGCAGGGGCUGCAGCAGAUCCUGCAGCUUCUCAAGGAGUCGCAGUCUCCGGACACCACCACGCAGCGCGCCGUGCAACAAAAACUGGAACAACUCAAUCAGUAUCCAGACUUCAACAACUACCUGAUAUUUGUUCUCACAAAGCUAAAAUCUGAAGAUGAACCUACACGGUCGUUGAGUGGUCUUAUUUUGAAAAAUAAUGUGAAAGCUCACUUUCAUAAUUUUCCAAAUGGAGUAACUGACUUCAUUAAAAGCGAGUGCUUAAACAAUAUUGGUGAUUCCUCUCCACUAAUCAGAGCCACUGUAGGUAUCUUGAUUACAACCAUUGCCUCAAAAGGAGAAUUGCAGAAUUGGCCUGAGCUUUUACCAAAGCUUUGUAGCCUGCUAGAUUCUGAGGACUACAAUACUUGUGAGGGUGCAUUUGGAGCUCUUCAGAAGAUUUGUGAAGAUUCUGCUGAAAUUUUAGAUAGUGAUGCAUUAGAUCGACCUCUCAAUGUUAUGAUCCCUAAGUUUUUGCAGUUCUUCAAGCAUAGCAGCCCAAAAAUAAGGUCCCAUGCAGUUGCUUGUGUUAAUCAAUUUAUCAUCAGUAGGACUCAGGCCCUUAUGUUGCACAUAGAUGCAUUUAUUGAGAAUCUUUUUGCAUUAGCUGGUGAUGAAGAGCCUGAAGUACGUAAAAACGUAUGUCGGGCGCUGGUGAUGCUGCUCGAAGUUCGAAUGGACCGUUUACUUCCUCAUAUGAUUAGUAUUGUUGAGUAUAUGCUACAGAGGACUCAAGACCAAGAUGAAAAUGUGGCUUUGGAGGCUUGUGAAUUUUGGCUGACGUUGGCUGAACAGCCAAUUUGUAAAGAUGUAUUAUGUCGGCACCUUGCCAAGUUGAUACCUGUUUUAGUAAAUGGCAUGAAAUACUCAGAAAUUGAUAUUAUUCUGCUGAAGGGUGAUGUUGAAGAAGAUGAGGCCAUCCCGGAUAGUGAGCAAGACAUUAGGCCUCGGUUUCACCGUUCCCGAACUGUAGCACAGCAGCAUGAAGAAGAUGGUAUUGAAGAGGAUGAGGAAGAGGAAGAUGAGCUUGAUGAUGAUGACACAAUUUCUGACUGGAAUUUAAGGAAAUGUUCUGCUGCUGCCCUUGAUGUUCUUGCCAACGUAUUCCGCGAUGAACUGCUGCCACACAUAUUGCCCCUUCUAAAAGAAUUGCUUUUUCAUCCUGAGUGGGUGGUGAAAGAAUCAGGCAUCCUAGUGCUAGGAGCAAUUGCUGAAGGUUGUAUGCAGGGUAUGAUUCCAUAUCUUCCCGAGCUAAUCCCUCACCUUAUUCAGUGCCUCUCCGAUAAAAAGGCUCUUGUGCGCUCCAUUACUUGCUGGACUCUUAGCCGCUAUGCACACUGGGUCGUCAGUCAACCCCCAGACACGUACUUGAAGCCAUUAAUGACUGAGUUGCUAAAGCGUAUCCUUGAUAGCAACAAGAGAGUACAAGAAGCUGCCUGCAGUGCCUUUGCUACUCUAGAAGAGGAGGCUUGUACAGAACUUGUUCCUUACCUUGCUUAUAUACUUGAUACUCUUGUCUUCGCAUUUAGUAAAUACCAGCAUAAGAAUCUGCUCAUUCUUUAUGAUGCCAUAGGAACUUUAGCAGAUUCUGUAGGCCAUCACCUAAACAAACCAGAAUAUAUUCAAAUGCUUAUGCCUCCACUAAUACAAAAAUGGAACAUGUUGAAAGAUGAAGAUAAAGAUCUUUUCCCUUUAUUAGAGUGCCUAUCUUCGGUUGCCACUGCCUUGCAAUCUGGCUUCCUUCCAUACUGUGAACCAGUGUACCAGCGCUGUGUAAACCUGGUACAGAAGACUCUUGCACAAGCCAUGUUGCACAAUGCUCAACCAGAUCAGUAUGAAGCUCCAGAUAAAGACUUUAUGAUUGUGGCUCUUGAUUUACUUAGUGGGCUAGCUGAAGGACUUGGAGGCAACAUUGAACAGCUUGUGGCUCGGAGCAAUAUCCUGACACUUAUGUAUCAGUGCAUGCAGGAUAAAAUGCCUGAGGUACGGCAAAGUUCUUUUGCCUUGCUAGGUGAUCUGACAAAGGCAUGUUUUCAACAUGUGAAGCCCUGCAUUGCUGAUUUCAUGCCAAUUUUGGGAACCAACCUAAACCCAGAGUUCAUUUCUGUGUGUAACAAUGCCACUUGGGCAAUUGGAGAAAUUUCUAUUCAGAUGGGUAUAGAGAUGCAGCCUUAUAUUCCUAUGGUCUUGCACCAGCUAGUAGAAAUCAUUAACAGACCCAACACACCAAAGACUUUGUUAGAAAACACAGCAAUAACAAUUGGUCGUCUUGGUUACGUUUGUCCUCAAGAGGUGGCCCCCAUGCUACAGCAGUUUAUAAGACCCUGGUGUACCUCUCUCCGAAACAUAAGGGACAAUGAAGAAAAAGAUUCAGCUUUCCGUGGGAUUUGUACCAUGAUUACUGUCAAUCCAAGUGGAGUAGUCCAAGACUUUAUAUUUUUUUGUGAUGCUGUUGCAUCAUGGAUUAGUCCAAAAGAAGAUCUCCGGGACAUGUUCUGUAAGAUUCUUCAUGGAUUUAAAAACCAAGUUGGAGAUGAAAAUUGGAGGCGUUUCUCUGACCAGUUUCCUGUUCCCUUAAAAGAGCGCCUUGCAGCGUACUAUGGAGUUUAACCUAGUGUAAUCAAGCUGCAGUACCAUAAUUAGAGGUCCUUCGGUCUGGAAGACUAGGAGGGAGCCUCUGCACCCAGGGAAAAAAAUGUUACCCUUUACUGGGGGGAAGGGCAAACCAGUAGGGAAUACAGUACAAUCCCAAGCCUACUGGGAGGGGCGGGAGGGAGGUGUUGCCGUCACUGUAUUAAGCCGACGUUGGGAAAUGUUUUAACAUCUGGAGCUUUUGUGGGUGGAAAUCUGUCUCCUGUUACAACUCUACACUGGAUGUGAAGAAGCGCAAAAAAAAAAAAAAAAGCAACAGCAUAUUCUGCAAUAUUACGGGCAACUGUACCAAAAUGAAAACUAUAAAAUUGAACCAUAGGGAUAUAUAAAGAGGAAAUACAUUGUGUUCAAGUGAUAAAGGAAACCGAAGAAUGAGGAUUACAGACAGUAAAAGGUGUUGUAACAAGGGGUUUCUGCAUUGUUUCAUCUUGAUGGGAUUCCUAGGUAUUGCAUGUUGAUGAAGAACUAAACAAAUGAAGUUAGGACAGUUAAAAUUAAGCUUGCUGCUGGUAUUAGGAGCAAGUACUUGCAGCGUAUAAAUUUAAAUCACCCCAUGAUAAAGUAAUAAAAGUGAGUGCGAACAAAAUGAAGCAACCUGCAAGAUGCCAAAUGAGUCACUCCUUUUCAUUUGGGGGAGGGGGGAGGGACAUUUCAGAAGAAAGGUGAACCUUUAAUUUUUACAUUAAAACUUUAAAAGGUAGUGGGUAUGAUUUGAUGGUUGUACUUCAUUAGAUUUAAUUUCUAGAAUAAGUCAUAAUUCUUAAUGUGCAGUUUAAGGUUCAGGCAUGCAUUUUGGAUCAUAGUGGUCGAGCGUAUUUUUAGUGGGAAAGUAGCAUGCUUGCAUCAAAGAGUGAGAGUGGUAUUCAUUUACUUACAUUGCGCCAGUUUUGUGUUGCAGUUUACCAAUUCAGUAUAGCCCUGCAUUUAAAAUUCCUUUAAGAUUCUGUGGAUUUUAUUUUAUUUUUAUUAAGGAUAUAGGUAAAAAACAAAUACUGUAGUUACAACUAGGCCUCGAAAUAUCUUUUUAGGAUCUCUUAGGAAAUAAGAUUGAUAUUGUAUUGUGUAACCUGCACAAUGUGGAAAGCUCCUGUGCAAAGUUUUGCCUCUGUGCCGUCAGUGUGAUGUGCUUUCUGCAUGGUUAUACUAGUGAUUUUUAUCAAACCUAAAAUGAGUUACAUGGUAAGACCUGUUUAAGGCUACAUAAAUGUUAGUUGGCGCGUAAAGACAAUUGUAGAAAAUUGAUAACAUGAUUGCUACAUUUCAGUGUUUAUUCCCAUCAAACAUAUUAUCUAUAUUUCUUCUCUCCCCACUCCCCUUCCUCACAAAGCAUGAUCUUAAGAGAUGCGUAAAUUAGUAGAUGUAAAGCAGGGUAUCUACACUAUAUCGGCGCAUGUUGGUGGCCCUAUGUGUCCUAGAGAGAAAUCACACAAGGGUGCAAGUUCAAAGCUACAGAGUGAAAGUUAGUUUGGAUCCUUUUCAUUUCAUUUGUUUACCUUUUCUGUUUUCCCUCCUCUAUUCACUUGUAUUCCUGUGAAUAAAUCCUUGUUAAGUUAACCCUUUACUUUUCUUUCCAUGUGUAUUUUCUUAUGUACUGUGAAUGUGAAAAUCUAACUGGUACACUUGAUUUUGUGUUACUAUAAAAGUGAAAAUUGUGAUUAAUGUUGAAUGCAUAUAGGGUAUCCCAUGAUGAUAGAAGAAAAUGGAGAAUAAAUAACUCUGCUGGUCAGAGCUGAAGCCACACUUUUCCAUUUUCUCUUAAGUGCUGCAAAAUUAAUCUCUGCAAAAAAAAAAUGUCAAGAAAAAAAGCCAUAACACCCGCCUUACAUUUUAGCUUCUCAUUUUUGCAUUGCAAAAAAACAAAUACUGGAUAACUGUUUUUAGGGACUGACUUUGCAUGACUUGGUUCUUUUUAAGGUUGUAUGAUUUAGCCAUUGCACUGAAGUUAAAUCUUGUAUGAGUAUGAAUUUACGAAAUGUAAAUUCAGGUUUUUGUUUAAUGUAUGGGAGCAUGUACAAAUCUUAUACAUUCCUUUUUUUUUUUUUUUGCUUUGCAAAUUUAAAUGACUUAAAUAUGCUUGGAAGCAACAUUUUUAAUACAUGUCCUGAAUUAAAGCCUAUAAAGAAUGCAAGUGAUGCUACUACACCAUGAUAUCCACUGGAACAAAACUGCACAUGGCAAUCUACUUUCAUGUUAACUCGCUGUGUGAGAAGCCACAGCAUUUCUUUUGGCUGAGAACAUUUAGUUGUAGCUUUUUUCUGAUCAAAGAAGUGAUACAAAUUCCCAAGGAAAUGAAUAUUUAGUAAGGGUGAAGACUUGCCUUAGAUGAGGGUUUACAUUUAAUUUUGCUGUGGACAGUGCAUUAGGCCAAGCUUUCUCUUUGGAGUUCUUUAAAAUGUAAAUUAUUUGUUAGGCCCUUGUAAAGUUGAACUGUUAAGUUGCAGAUAACAUUAAAGAUUAGCACACUAUAACCACUUAUAUAAAUAGAAUCAAUUUUAUUACAUGGGUUAAUAUAGAGGGAUGUGACUGUUUUACUGUACUAAUCUGAUCAUGCAGAAAAGUAACAAAAAAGCAAUAUUACAGUUUAACAUGAUUAAUUGUUUAUAAGUUCAUGCUUUAUUCAUACAAAAUAAGGUAUAAUGCAGUUGCAGAAGCCACUUCAGUUAGAAUUUGGGAGUAAGGAGAGCUCUGAUACAACACUAACAGUUGUAAAUCAAAUACAUUGCAUCAUGGGAUAUAUAAAGCAUCUUAAUUCUUUCCAUGUUGUCUUGACAAUUCUUGAAUGUUGACUGAAUGUUGAUAACUGGUAGAAUUGUGAGUUUGUCUUUGUUACAUUCCAGUGUUCUCUGCCUCUUGGCAUGCUAUAAGCACGGCUUACUAAAUUUGCUCCUUAUGACAGUGAAUAAAGUGCUUAGUGUGCUAAACUACAGAAAUAGCCGCUGCUAAGUGAUGUAGAUUUUCUACUUGAAUAUUUUGUUGUAGGAACCUCAGGAGGUCAGUGUUUACUGUUUUUAUAUAUGCCUUUGUUUUCAUGUCCAAGGCCCCCUGCUUUUGAAGGAUUCUAACAGUGAACAAAGCUGCUGAUCAACCUAAGUUGGUAACAGAAAGUGUAUUUUAAAAAUUGUUUAAACGGCAUCUCUUUUGCAGUUUAGCUUGUCCAAUACAAUAGGAUUUUCUAAUAGUAUCCUUUGUGACAAUUAAGGGAAAAUGUCUCCUUUCAUUUCUUUUAGUCUGAGGGGAAUAGAUACAUUUUGUAAAUUUUUAAAGCUCAGUUUUCCUUUUUAAAUUGGUGGUAUAUGCAUCAGUUAUAAGGGUGAGAUCCUAAGACAGCCUUCUUCAAUCUGGCCCACUCCAGAGCGAUGUAGCCCAAUGUAUCUGGAGACUGCUAGUUUGGAGAAGUCAGCUCUAACGCUUUGCACCCUGGUUCUUUGAGAGGUUGACUCUGAUGUCAGUUCUGUUCACUUCAUUGAGGCUCGCUUCCAAGUAAGUAUGCUUAGGAUUGUUGCCUUGGCUUCAUGCCACACAAAGAAAGGGGUGCAGUCAUGGCAACAUGAAUAGAACAAUGUGUGUUAGAAUACAUAGCCAACAAGAUGUUUUAAAAACAUUGAAAUAAUUUUAGUUUUGUAAUAAAACACUUGAUACACACUGUGAUAAUUAUUUUUUUCUUUAGCAUUGGCAUGAAUUACUUAAGCUACAUGAAUACUGUGUAAUUUAGAUUUAUACUACUUGUAAGAAGAUUUCCAAAGCUGAAACUUCUCUUGUUUGAAUAAGAAAUAUUCAUACUAGUUUUAUCUCAGGUAAAAGACUCUUGUACUCUUUUUUGUUUAGAUAGAAGAGGCUUCUAAUAUAUCUUAAGUGUACCAGUUUGUCUUUCAUAUAGGAACUGCCUAGUGUCUUAAACUCUCAUACAUAAAUUAACUUACUGUGGGACAGCAAUGACUUUGCUUCAAUAUAAGUCACCUAUUUUAUUCAUAUUGAAUGUAUUAAAUAAAGAUGUGUAACAUUCUUCCUAAGAGAAGAAUGCAUCUGUGCGAAAUAGCACCUAAAAUCACCAUAAAGAGUGCUUUAUAUUGUGCGGUAUAAAGUUACGUUCCUGAUUUUUAAAAAGCAAUUUAUGGCUUGGCAUAAAUAUUUCUGAUAUAUUUUCCUGUGUAAAUGCCUAUACCUUUCUAGAGUACUAUGUAGAGUCUUAAAAAAUACCACUUUGUAGUGCAGUCCUAGGCAGUAAACUUUAAUCAAGACCAGACACUCUGCUCCUCUUAAGCUAAUGAAUGCUGAGCAGUUGUCUCCUAAAAGUUGCUGUUUACAUACAAAUUUAUUAUGUAUGGUGGAAACAUUGAGCUGUCUGGGAUGCUUCAGUCUUGAGAAGACAAUUUUUUUACAUUUUAAUGCAGUUCUACUCAACACUGAACUCAGAUUGAAGAUGCUGUUCAAUUCAGAAUGAUAUCUGUAGCCAAACAUUGCUCUUUGGACUUAAUUGUCAAACCAAUUCAGUGUUAGGCUGUCUGAAAUGAAACUGUAAUAAGGGCAUAUAUUGUCCCUAAGAGACCGAGUUAAAUCAAUACAUAACAGGGGAACUCUUAAUGGUUAUAUUGAAGUAAACCUCUACUCCUUUUGUUUUUCUGGACAAAUAUACUUUCAAAAAACAGUUAAAUUGAAAAUUAGCUUUGAUACUGAUGUCUUUUCUGUCCCUCCUACUUCAACAUGUCAGUUCAUUUAACUGCUCUUUUUCAGAUUGAUGUACAGUGAAAUCCUUAAUAACCUUUUAAAAGUGUUCUUUCCAAAAAAUUUAAAGCACUCUUUCUUUUUGUGCUCACCUAUAUCUAAAGAUAAUCAAGAGUUCUUCUCUCAUUUAACUCUUGCCUAUCCUAAAAUGUACUAGAGUUGGAUGUAAUAACAAUAGCUGAAGUAGCAAAAUGGCCAGAUCUUUCUGCUGACAACUUAGGUUGUGUGCGUUUUGCUUGAAAGCUUUAAAUUGGAUGUGUUUUCCUGUGUUAGAAUAUUCCCUUCAAACAUAUCCUUCAACCUGCUUUACUUCAAUUUUUUCUUGUCUGCCUCUGCUAACACAACUUCAUUUAAAAUAGAACAUGGUUUUGAUUUUUUUGAUAAGCUGCUGAAUUCUAAAGAGUUUUUUGGGGCCACCAAAUAUUUUGGAUCAUGCAGAGAAUAUAUAUUGUAAUGUAGUAAUUUUGUAUUUACAUUUGUAUGAUGUGACAAUAGACGUGAAUGUUAAUCACUUGCUUGACUAUGUUAAUAAAAAUUUGUUUAAAUAUA